UUUUUAAAAUAUUAACAUUAUUAAUUUGAGAUGCUGACAGAAUAAAACAAAGCAAAUUAAAAUGCAUCAUGUGAGUUAAUCUAAUUACUGUCAUUAAUACAUUUAGUUGAAUAAUCCACCGUCUUUCCUCCAAAAAUAGCCAGUUACACGACAAAGCAAAAUUCUGACAAAAAUCGGGGAAAUUCAUGAAAGUCAAGGGCGUUUGUGAAAUAUGAUACUACCCAUCUGUCUGGUACUUUUAUUUCUUACUUAAAACUAUCUCCUUACCGUCUUCAAAAAUGUAUUCCAAUGUAUGGCUUUAAGAAUUGUGCUCAAGUGAAAUGCAGCAACGUUGGAUAUAAAGUUUCUCUUUUUUUUUGCUUUACUUCUCAGGGGAGAUGUGUGAACUCCUUGUGUUUGUACAGAAGCCUUUCUUGAGUGGACUGGAGUCAGGGGUGACGGGAUUGUCCAGGUUGUAUACUUGGACUGUAGUGAUGCAGAUUUGCCUGUGCUACUUGUCAGAGUCAGACUCUGGCAGAGUGUUCUGCUUUGCUGUUAGUUGCGCACUAUUUCUUUAAAAGGCCGUCCUUACACACAGCUGUCACUCCGAGGGGUUGGGCUCAUUGUGUGUCUCUGCGGUUCACGGCUUUCCUUGUCCUGCUUUUCUUCUUGAUGAUCGCAGAUAAAUUUUAACUGGGAAACAAAAUGGCUGAGUUGGGCAAAGGAGGCGUAAGUGCUGGGAAGUUGGCAAUCAACGUGCAGAAGAAAUUCACCCGAGCCCAGGAGAAGGUUCUCCAGAAGCUUGGUAAAGCAGAUGAAACAAAAGAUGAACAGUUUGAACAGUGUGUUCAGAAUUUCAACAAACAGCUGGGCGAAGGAACCAAACUUCAGAAGGAUUUGCGGGCAUACUUGAAUGCUGUUAAAGCUAUGCAGGAUGCCUCCAAGAAAAUGUCUGAGUUCUUACAUGACGUUUAUGAGCAAGAAUGGGAAGGAAAAACAGAAAUGAGCACAGUUACAGAGAAUAUCGAUCUGUUAUGGGCAGACUAUCACCAGAAAUUAGUAGACCAGGCUCUCCUAACAAUGGAUACCUACCUCGGCCAGUUUCCAGACAUUAAAUCACGCAUAGCAAAACGGGGAAGAAAACUUGUAGACUAUGAUAGUGCAAGACAUCAUUUUGAAUACUUGCAGCAUGCCAAGAAGAAGGAUGAAACUAAAAUAGCAAAGCCUGUCUCCCUGCUUGAGAAAGCUGCCCCUCAGUGGUGUCAGGGAAAACUGCAGGCACAUCUUGUUGCUCAGACUAACCUGCUCAGAAAUCAGGCAGAGGAAGAGUUAACAAAGGCUCAGAAAGUAUUUGAAGAGAUAAACUUUGAUCUUCAAGAAGAACUGCCAUCUCUGUGGAAUAGUCGUGUUGGUUUUUAUGUCAACACAUUCCAGAGCAUUGCUGGCCUAGAAGAAAACUUUCACAAAGAAAUGAGCAAGUUAAACCAAAAUCUGAAUAAUGCUGUGCUAAAACUGGAACAGCAGCAGGCCAGUGGCAAUGUCUCAGAAGAAAAAGAGUCAAGUAAUGUAGGUCCUCAGGAAGUGGCCACAAGCUCUUCACCUCUCACCAGCCCAGAAGCAAAAAAUAUUAACCAUGAACCCGCAUCAUCACUGCCUGUCGAAUUACCACCAUUUGGAGAGAUACCAAAGUCCCCUUCUCAGUUGAAAAAAUGCCCUCCAGUACCUCCACCUCCAAAGUACACGCCAUCAAAGGAGAUGAAGCCAGAAAAUAUUAUUAACUUGUUUGAGGAUUCUUUUGUCCCUGAAAUCAGUGUGACAACCCCCUCACAGUUUGAGCCAGCAGGGCCUCUGCAAGAUCAAGCAGCCUUGCUGGACUUGGAGUUUGAUCCUCUCAAACCAGAUACCGGAACUUUGGUGAAGGUUGCCUCACCAGCGCCAGUCCUUCAGUCUUUGCCUUGGGAUUUGUGGGAGCCUGAAAAGGACAGUGUUAAUGAUUCUGAGUGUAAGGAACCUGAACGACAGAUUAGUACCACUGAAAGUGCUUUUAAUGUAUUGUGGCCCAGUGAGCCCUACCACCAUUCAGAACAAGUGCAAACUCAAACUUCAGAAUCUGCCCCUGAUAAUUCUGAACCCGUCCAGACUACAACAGGAACACUGGAAGAUGACACGUCUGCUGUUGCUACAAGUUCGCUACCUGCUGUGGUUGCUGAAACAUUACCAGUAACCACUACUGCCACUGUGAAUGAUUCUACAUGUGAUGUGACAGAUGUGCCACCUGGAUUUCUGUACAAGGUGCAAGUCCAACAUGACUACAAUGCUGCAGACAGCGAUGAGCUCCUAUUGAAAGCUGGGGAUGUAGUUUUGGUAGUUGAGUAUGAGAAUCCUGAUGAACAGGAUGAGGGAUGGCUGAUGGGCAUAAAGGAGAGCGACUGGAUCCAGGAUAAAGACUUCAGCAAACACAGAGGAGUUUUUCCAGAAAACUUUACGGAAAGGAUUUGAUUAGACAGAACAUAUCAUGUUUCAUGGAAGAAAACAGGAGAAAUAAUGUCAUUUCAUCACAUGAAGGAAAAAGCUGAGCUUAAAGUGUUAUGUCACAGGAUUAGUUAAUGUACUGAGCAAGGAAUUUUAAAUUAACAAGCAAGACAAAAGACAGACUGAUUGCAUGCAUACAUUAUGUCAACUACUGUUAUCAGUAGCUUAGGUUCCCUCCCUAAAACUGAAGGUUAUUUUGAAGAUGUAAGCUUUCAUAUUUGUUUUUAUAACUCAUACAACAAAAAGAAAAGGGGUGAUUAGCCAGCAUUACCAUAUUGGUCUGUGCUGAAGAAUAGGUCAGGUGUAGUGACAAAUGUUUAUAAUUUGCACUCCUAAUUGAUCUGCAUUCUUUUCAGGGUGUCUGUAUUGUAGUGCAGUGGGUAAUGAGUCAUUAACUUCUUGUACUAUCAUGAGGGGGGGUUCUGCAGUAAGGUGCUGGUGAAACUUUAUUUUGUUUGGAUUUGGGCCUCUUAUGAGGCUUGGUGGCUUUAUAUUCUCCACCUCCCCCGGUUUUAGCUGGAUAGCAAAUCACUGGUGCUCUUUUUGACAGCACCAGAACAACAGUAUUGUUGUCCCCGUUGGUUAAAAGGGAUGUAAUUGUUUACAUUGUGGUUAAAUUCUGUGAAGUACAAACUUGAGUUCAUAAUAAUGUUUUACUAUUUUGGCUUUGACUUUUGCACGUUAUGUAAUGACAGCUUUGGUACUUCUUUGUACUCGCUGUGUGUGUGUGUGUGUGUGUGUGUGUGUGUGUGUGUAACCUAAAAAUGUUUGAAAAGACAGCCAAAGGUUAUUAGUCCUUAUUAAGAGCAACACUUUCAGUUGAUGCCUGCAUGGGCUGAAUUAAGCUAAGGAGACAAUCAUUAAGGAAGUAGUGAAACAAGAUGUCACAAUUCUUGCUCUAGUUAGUUAACUGUUCCUUUAAGGGAAAAAAAUCUUACAAAUGACUGACUAGUCGCUUGCCAUUCAAAUUACCAGUAUAUUUAUAUACUUUGUGAUGUUUGUGCUGUUAUACAAAUCCUAAAAUAAAGUCAAGCAGUUUAGGAGGA